GUCCAGCGUCCAACCCAGGUGUGCGGUACCGAAAGCAGACGAGAGCUCAGCCCCCCCCCACGGGCGGUAAAUCCACGUCGGCGCUGGGGAAGAGGAGCUGCCCCCCGGACGGAGCUCAGUUGGCAGGCAUGAAGGCUGCUGGCGGACUAAACCCCCGCGCUAAUGGUCACUCGGGUUUUUUUCUCUGCCCAGACGCCCUUAAUGGCAAUAGGAUUAUCAUAACUCCUCCCCAGGGAUGGCUCGGGAGCCGCGGCCGGCAGCCACUCAGGAGGCAGCGUGGCCCUAAGCCACUCCUUGCGCGCCCGCGGAGGCUGCGCGGGGCCGGACCCCCCCACCCACCCUCGAAGCGGCCCCGGCCCGCAGGAAGGGGUCACGCGUGGGCACUGCCCGCGGGCGCGUUGCGAGGAGGGCAGCCCCUGAAGUGCCGUGUUCCCUCUCCGUGGCCGUGGUUUAUUUUUGGAGGGAGGUGCGCUGUUUGUUCGGCCGCCCCCCGCGUGGAAGUGCGCCCGGACUCCCAACCCACGCGGCUCCGGCGGCUGCUGCUCGGAACGCCGGCGAAGCCCUCGCUGCGAAAGCGAGAAAAAGUCCGAGCGCAGCCCGAGCGCGAUUUGCAUAAUUGUCGGGAGUUUGAAUUACUGAUUACAACUUGUAAAACAGCGCUGAUGGAGCGUCCCCGAUGCGCGGCGGUGCGGGCGGUGCCGCGGCUUUCACGCAGCCCUCACCGAGCGCGCUUCCACCCGACGGCACAGAGCGCUGCCCCCACAGCCACCCCAUCCCUGCGGCGCUGCGCCUCGGACAAAAUGAACAUCGUGCUCAAAAGCAGCGACAUCUCGCAGUGUCGGAAGGUCCGGAUCACCGCUCGUUUACACGAGAGCGGCGGCUGCGGGUUUGCUGCGCUCGGGACAAAGCCGAGCCCGGGCAGCGCGCAGCUCUCGGACCCGCAGCUGCUCCGAAAGGCCGCGGGCGGAACCACGCCGGGAUCGCGACCUGACCGAACCUCCGCCACUUUUUUUUCCUGAAGAUCGGGGAAGAAAAAACAACCAACCAACCAAACGCCACCAAAAACAAUUAAAACCGAACACCCUCAGCGCCUCUUUCCGAUUAAAUGAACGAUCCAAAAAUGAAUCCGAGGCGGCCGGGGCUGCUGCAGGUUGGCGGUGUUAUCAGCCCGACCCGGCACGCGGGUGCUGAUGUGCAGCGUCGCGCUGAGCCCGGCAGCAGCGGGGACUCCGCAUUAUCAUUUUUGGUGGAGUCUCCAUUUAUUUUUUUUAACGACGUUGUUUUUCUUCCAGGGAUGUUUCUUUGAAAUGCAGUUCGCGACGAUUAUUAGCGAGUGUGCUCGCGCGGCUCCUGGCGUCAUUAAGACUAGGAAUCUAAAUAAUAAAAGACAGGGGGAGCUUAAAGUUCAUUUGUAUUAAAGGGACAAGAUGGAUUUAAAGAGAAACGAGGAGGGGAACCGUCGAGCUCCCCAGGUUUGGGAAGAUCGCCCUCCUUCCUCCCGAAGGCAUCCCGCGGUGCGGCAACGUGGGCGUUUUUACCACAGUUUACCUUCUGCUCACAAACGUCACACUGAGGGGCGAUGCAGUUUUUCUCUUUUUUUGGUGUUUUCAAGACCUGAACAC